AUGCAUCCAGAGAUCAGGCUACGCAGAACCUUCACAUUGGCGCUGGCGUUCUGCACUGCGAGGCGCAUCACGACUUUGACGACUUCACGAUCUCUUGACGUCUUCGAUCACGCGCUUGUCUGGAACAGGGCGCUCUCGUGUACCACAACUCGACGACUUCACUCAAGUCCAUACCGGGCAGACGACCAGAACAAGGGCAAAGGAGGCUCCGCACUCGGGCUGAUCAAAGAUCUCCUCUCGCCAAAGAAGCAGGAUACAUCCACAAGCAAAGAACCCUCGACACCAGCACCGCCGAAACAGCCACCACCCUCCACCGGCAACGAGACUCCACGAGCAGAGUUCAUCCCCAAAGUCUUCACCUACGAAGCGCGCAGCACGCCCACCGAGCAGUGGCGAAACCGACACGUCCUCCCCACCAGCGUCCAGUACAAUGCAGAGCACGAGUCACCCGGCACAUCCACCCCACGCUCGAUCGAACGCCCCCUCACACGGCGAAACCAAGAGAUAGCUUUCAAACCGCACCACCGCGCGCUCCUCGAACCACCCGACCAGCGGGACCGCAAAGAGCAGCGGAGUUCUACACACCGAAUCGACAGGAUGAAGUGCUUCGUGCAAGUUCUCACCACGCCGACGGCGGACACGCCGGGGACGACGUUGUUGCUGCACUUCGACAAUAAACGGUAUCUCGUCGGUAGUCUGGCUGAAGGAACACAGCGAGCGUGCGUGCAGAUGGGAGCGAGGUUGUUGAAGGUUUCUGAGUGCUUUCUCACUGGGAGGACAGAAUGGAGCAAUACCGGUGGCUUGAUCGGGAUGAUCCUUACGCUUGCGGAUCAGGCGGGUACGAGUCGGCAGAGCGCUGUGGAGGAAGCUGUCAAGGAGGCGAGGAACAGGGGGAAGAAGAUGGGACUGUCUGAUCACUCAGAGAAACUAUGGGAGAUGGAGGAGGAGGCGAAGAAGCAGGUGAAGGUGAAGCCGCUGCGGAUCUUCUCGCCGCCGAAUAUGAACCAUACCCUUGCUACGGCGCGGAGGUUCGUGUUUCGGAAGGGCAUGCCGGUUGACAUACACGAAAUCAACGACGAUCGCGCGCACCAGGAGGGCGAGGAUGAGUGGGCGCCGUAUUGGGCGGAUGAGAAUAUCAAAGUCUGGACGAUGUCGAUCUCGCCAGACUCGGCUCGGGAUGCACAGCAAAGAAGGGUUAGUAGACCGAUCAUCGGACGAAAGCGCACCAUUGACGAAGUAUACGGUCGACAGACACCCGCCGCCGGCAUUGUCGAGAACGACCUCACGCAGAAGGAGCGCGAUCAGUUGGCCGUUAAGGCUGUGGUGUCGGAGAUGUUCGAUUCUUCCUGGCGUCUGGAUACGCUGUACGAAACGCCUCUUUCUCAGGUCAAAAUGCCGGCUGCGAUAUUCGUCCGCAACGCCGAAACCAACAAGAUCGAACGCUGGAAUGGCCCUCUUCCUGGUGGCGACAAGCCUCUGCCAACCCCAGACCCUACAGUUCUCGUGCGGCGACCCUGGCCGGGUGCGCUAGUCGAGAGUCUGCCUCCCACCGAGCCAGCGAAAGAAGCCAUCAGCUACAUCAUCCGCAACCACACUGUACGUGGCAAAUUCGACCCGAAGGCUGCCGAGAGGCUGAAUAUCCAGAAAGGGAGAAAGUGGGCAGAUCUAGCGUCUGGCAAGACAGCUGAGAGUGAGGACGGGCAAACGAUCACGCCGGAUAUGGUGCUGGCGCCGAGUAAAGAGGGUGGUGGGUUUGCAAUCGUUGACAUGCCGGAUCCGACGUAUAUUGACGGCCUGCUUACGAGGCCGGAGUGGCGUGAGCCGAAGGUUAUGGCUGGUGUUGGGCAUAUUGUAUGGAGUUGCGGACCGGGUGUUGCGACAGAUCCGAGGGUACAUGAGUUCAUGCGGGAGUUCAACGGGCUGGAGCAUAUUGUGUCAUCGCCUGAUUACUGCCCGAAUAAUAUUGCGCUCGACUCGCCGGCGGCGUCCACAAUACGACUACGCAAGGUCGAUCCAACGAGAUAUGGCGUUCCAAUCCACGAUGCGGUUGGUGAGCAGUCCUACGGUGGGAGCGACAGCCACCUCGCCAUGCAAAAACAACAUCCUCUGCCAGAGAAAGGAGUCCAGCUGGCGGAGCGAGGCAUGAUACUCCAGCUGGAACCGAGCAUCGACCUUCAGCGCAACCAAGUCAUCCCUCCCCUCGACAUCCCCGCUGUCGAGUCUGCAGUCCCUCCCGACGUCCUCACCGAAGCAGUCAAAGCUCGCGAGGCUGUGCGGAUGUCGUUGAGCGAAGAAACGACGUGGGCCUCCACACUCCCAGACAAAGACGCCGAAGUCAUCACCUUAGGCACCGGCUCCGCCCUGCCCUCCAAAUACCGCAACGUCUCCGCCACGCUAGUCCGCAUCCCAUCUUGGGGCAGCAUCCUCCUCGACUGCGGCGAAAACACCCUCGGCCAACUCAAACGCGUCUUCACCCCCUCGGAGCUCAAAGAAGUCCUCCAGUCUCUGCGCCUCCUCUUCAUCAGCCACAUGCACGCCGAUCACCAUCUCGGCACUGCUUCUGUCAUCAAAGCCUGGUACGCCGAAGUCCACGCUUCUCAACCCAUCCCGCUCCCCUCCCCCACCGACCCCAUCGAACCCCUCCUCGACCCGACCCAGCGCAGGCUAGCAGUCGUCUCCGAACCCGCCAUGAUCGAAUGGCUCUCCGAGUACAGCAGCAUCGAAGACUUCGGCUUCUCCCGCCUGGCGCCCUUGAACAUCAGCCCCGCCUACCCCGGCCGCAACAAACCCUCCGCGCUGAACUGGUUCGUCCCGCCCUCCCACCUCGCCUCCCUACCCACAAACAAAUCCCGGAUCGAAGCCGUCACCUCCCGCACCAUCCCCGCCUCCUCACUUGGCCUCCACGACAUCCAAGCAGUCCUCGUAAAACACUGCCACGGCGCCCGCGCGGUCAGCAUAACCCUGCCCUCCGGCUUCAAAGUCUCGUACUCCGGCGACUGCCGCCCCAGCGAGCCCUUCACACAAAUCGGCCAGGGCAGCACGGUAUGUAUCCACGAAGCGACCUUUGACGACGAACUCGCCGGUGAUGCGGCGGCGAAGAACCACAGCACGACUUCUGAAGCGCUGGGGGUGGCGCAGGGGAUGGGCGCGAGAGCGUGUGUGUUGACGCAUUUCUCGCAGCGGUAUCAGAAGAUUCCUGUGCUGGAAAAAGGCGGGGCGGGGGGGAGUGGAGGGACGGAAGUGCCGAGGGCGUUUGAGGCGGAAGAGGGAGAGGAGGGGGAUGGCGAGAUGUCUGUGAACCCGACGGACGAGUUUUCGGGGCCUCUAGAAGACGUCGCCGCCACCUAUCCCGAUCAAGCCACGAAUGGCGAUGAUAAGGGAAAGCAAUACGACCUUCCCAAGAACAAGGACACCGCCACCUCAACCUACCGCCCCCUCUCAGCCGAGAAACCCGAAGCAGUCAAAUUUAAACUCACAACCGAUAUGAAAGUCUGCGUGGCCUUCGACUACAUGCGGGUGAAAGUGGGUGAGAUCGGACAACUCGAGAAAUUCACGCCUGCGUUGUUGAGACUGUUUGCGGAGGAGGAGAAAGGGGUGGAUUUUGAGGAUGGGUUGGGGGGGACGGGGGUGGUUGUUGAUCAUGGGCGCGGGACGAAGAAAGGGCAGGCGCAGAAGCAGAAGGGGCAAGGUGGGAAGGGUGGGAAGGGGAAGAGGAAGAACAGUAAUGAGUCGUAG